AUGGCUUCGUCCGAGGUCGACCAGAAAUUCCUCGGCAGACUUGCCAAGGCUGUCGAGCAUGAUAACCCUCUGUUGGCAUCAAUGCUGUUCAAAAUACUCGGCCUGUCUGUCAACCUCUCCCAACAACUUGUGCUCGCCCGGAAACAACGCCGACGAGAUCAAUCAAUAUCGCCACAGACGCUCGAGCUGUACUUCCACAUUAUAUGGCUAUCGCGUGAGGGGCUCGUCAUGCUCGAACAGUAUGUCCUUCCAGUUGUGGGACAGUACGUCGAGCUCAAGGUUCUGGCCUACAAGCUGCGUGCUUCUUUUUACCAUAUAUUCGUCCUGUUCUACAACCAGCCGCCCGUCUCCGUAAUGGGCCUGUCCACUCCCGAGAUCGCCGGCUCGUCGUCGAAUGAGCCAACGCCACCCCGAGCCGACAAGGGCAAGGAAAUUGCUAGAGACGACGACGGGACAAGCGAGCGCUCACCUAUGCAAUCCGCCCACCUUCACGAAGGCGGUCCCGUCGGCCCGCCACCUGGAUUUGGCCCUCAACCUCCUGCCGCAUUUCUACUUCCUCCAAAGGACUACUUGCCGGUGGCCGACGAGUAUUUCCGAUAUGCGGUUGCUCUAGCCGAAAAGCUGCUCUGGGGCUCGCACACAUUGCGUCUUUCUGUAAAGACGGAGUAUUCUGCAUUCUUGUAUGAAUGCAAGCACGAUUUCGAAGGCAGCCGCAAGUUGGCCAAAGACACAAUAUCAGAUGUGUACGAGGCCACAGAGGGCAUCGACAACGACAUGUUCAGCGAUGCAUGCGAGCUCGUCACAGUGCUGGGCAAGAUGAUGAAGCGAGGCCUCAACACUGGCAGCUCGUCUAGAACAAAAACCAGCGGCCUCCCGGGCCAGACUUCUGAAAUUGCGCCACCACAGCCCCCAAGCACACAGUUGAUGUCCACGCCUCCACGAACAACCGUGCCGCCACCUAUGCCGCCCAGCACGGCUGCCUCUGCACAAGUGAUGCGUACAGAUAACAUGCCCGAAUUCAUAUAA